CGGCUUGCCCCGCCCCCGCGCGCGCCGGCGGCGGGGCAGCCUCGCUCUGGCUCGCGCCGCGCCCCCGCUCCCAGUCCGCGCGUCAGUCGGUCCCUAGCGCGGCUGCGGGGCGGAGAGCUGCGGCUGGCCCAGCGCGCCCACCUGAGGAGGCGGCGGGGUCCGCAGGCGUCGCGGGACGAGGAGAUCGGAGCCGGGAGACUCGCGCAGCGCCAUGGCCCCCAUUGGCCUCAAAGCUGUGGUCGGAGAGAAGAUUAUGCAUGAUGUGAUAAAGAAGGUCAAGAAGAAGGGGGAAUGGAAGGUGCUGGUGGUGGAUCAAUUAAGCAUGAGGAUGCUGUCCUCCUGCUGCAAGAUGACAGACAUCAUGACCGAGGGCAUAACGAUUGUGGAAGAUAUCAAUAAGCGCAGAGAGCCGCUCCCCAGCCUGGAGGCUGUGUAUCUCAUCACUCCAUCCGAGAAGUCCGUCCACUCUCUCAUCAGUGACUUUAAGGACCCGCCGACUGCUAAAUACCGGGCUGCACACGUCUUCUUCACUGACUCUUGUCCAGAUGCCCUGUUUAAUGAACUGGUAAAAUCCCGAGCAGCCAAAGUCAUCAAAACUCUGACGGAAAUCAAUAUUGCAUUUCUCCCGUAUGAAUCCCAGGUCUAUUCCUUGGACUCUGCUGACUCUUUCCAAAGCUUCUACAGUCCCCACAAGGCUCAGAUGAAGAAUCCUAUACUGGAGCGCCUGGCAGAGCAGAUCGCGACCCUUUGUGCCACCCUGAAGGAGUACCCGGCUGUGCGGUAUCGGGGGGAAUACAAGGACAAUGCCCUGCUGGCUCAGCUAAUCCAGGACAAGCUCGAUGCCUAUAAAGCUGAUGACCCAACAAUGGGGGAGGGCCCAGACAAGGCACGCUCCCAGCUCCUGAUCCUGGAUCGAGGCUUUGACCCCAGCUCCCCUGUGCUCCAUGAAUUGACUUUUCAGGCUAUGAGUUAUGAUCUGCUGCCUAUCGAAAAUGAUGUAUACAAGUAUGAGACCAGCGGCAUCGGGGAGGCACGGGUGAAGGAGGUGCUCCUGGACGAGGACGACGACCUGUGGAUAGCACUGCGCCACAAGCACAUCGCAGAGGUGUCCCAGGAAGUCACCCGGUCUCUGAAAGAUUUUUCUUCUAGCAAGAGAAUGAAUACUGGAGAGAAGACCACCAUGCGGGACCUGUCCCAGAUGCUGAAGAAGAUGCCUCAGUACCAGAAAGAGCUCAGCAAGUACUCCACCCACCUGCAUCUUGCUGAGGACUGUAUGAAGCAUUACCAAGGCACCGUAGACAAACUCUGCCGAGUGGAGCAGGACCUGGCCAUGGGCACAGAUGCUGAGGGAGAGAAGAUCAAGGACCCUAUGCGAGCCAUCGUCCCCAUUCUGCUGGACGCCAAUGUCAGCACUUACGACAAAAUCCGCAUCAUCCUUCUCUACAUCUUUUUGAAGAAUGGCAUCACGGAGGAAAACCUGAACAAACUGAUCCAGCACGCCCAGAUACCCCCGGAGGAUAGUGAGAUCAUCACCAACAUGGCUCACCUCGGCGUGCCCAUCGUCACCGAUUCCACGCUGCGUCGCCGGAGCAAGCCGGAGCGGAAGGAACGCAUCAGCGAGCAGACCUACCAGCUCUCACGGUGGACUCCGAUUAUCAAGGACAUCAUGGAGGACACUAUUGAGGACAAACUUGACACCAAACACUACCCUUAUAUCUCUACCCGUUCCUCUGCCUCCUUCAGUACCACCGCCGUCAGCGCCCGCUAUGGGCACUGGCAUAAGAACAAGGCCCCAGGCGAGUACCGCAGUGGCCCCCGCCUCAUCAUUUUCAUCCUUGGGGGUGUGAGCCUGAAUGAGAUGCGCUGCGCCUACGAGGUGACCCAGGCCAACGGAAAGUGGGAGGUGCUGAUAGGAUCCACGCACAUCCUCACCCCACAGAAACUGCUGGACACACUGAAGAAACUGAAUAAAACAGAUGAAGAAAUAAGCAGUUAAAAAAAUAAGUCGCCCCUCCAAAACACGCCCCCAUCCCACAGCGCUCCGCAGCUUCCCACCACUGCCCGCCUCAGUUCCUUUGCGUCUGUUGCCUCCCCAGCCCUGCACGCCCUGGCUGGCACUGUUGCCGCUGCAUUCUCGUGUUCAGUGAUGCCCUCUUCUUGUUUGAAACAAAAGAAAAUAAUGCAUUGUGUUUUUUAAAAAGAGUAUCAUCUUAUAUAUGUAUCCUAAAAAGAUAAGCUCAUGUGCAAUUGGUGCACAGCAGGAGAACUUUCUGGACUGUUAGGAUGAAUGGACGCCUUCUCCCCAUUAUUUAAGAUUUGUGACCUUGUACAUAACCCUGGGUGAUGUGCACAUUGCUUGGGUAUGGAACGGUAGAAAUUUGGGUGUUUUUAAAACCUUGUUUGGGGUUGUUCCUGUCCUUGUUGAGAAUCAUAGAGAUGUCUGUGUUCUUGGAGUAUUUCACACUGAGGACUAAUCUGCUAUCUUCAUUCCAGUCCCUACCCCUCAGUGCCUGCUUUCAUCCAAAUAACCUGGGAGGUGACAAUCGAGAUAUCUCAGGAGGUCCAAGGUGGAACAGACCUCUUUGCCUUUCCCAGCAUCUCAUACCUCCGGUAGUGCAGCUGUGGGUGGAGGCUGGGGUGUCUGCACGAAGCCAGGCCAGCGGCCUCCUCCACAGCCUGUCACUGCCCCCUCCCCAGCCUGUGUCCACAGUGCUGUGAUCCCGAGGGAAGUCCUCCAGUCUAAGUCACAGUGCCCUGACAGGUGAGAAGCAAACUCCCGCUGGAAGCCUCCAUCUCUUUGGAAAAACAGUUAGUCUGGAGCCUGUGGCCCAGGCCCUUCUGUCCCCAGGCAUCAUCCCAACAGCUCAUUUUCCCUAGUCAGCCUUCGUUCAAGGGUCAGGAAUGGACCAGAACAGAUGGGUUCUGGAGGCCCCUGAACAGAGGGCUAUGGCUGUGGAGAAGGUUCUUGGCCCAUUGGACUCACACAGACCCUGUACCCUCUCGGCAAGCAUCUUCAGUCAGAUUAUCCUCAGUUUCAGAUACUUCAUAAUACCUUGUGUUGUGUGAGGUCAUACAUCAUCGUGUUUGUAAGAGAAGACGGUCAUUUUAUUCUCUGUAUAAAACUUAGCUCUAAAGCAGAAACUAAAGCAGCAAAUGCAGGAAGGCUGUCUCGCCAUCCUCAAGACUCAGCAGCUCUCAUUCUCCAGUGGUGAGCACACCAUUUGUGCUGCUGCUGCUGUUGUCGUGAAAUAUAAUAACAGUGGAAGUCACAAAAAUGUCCCCUGCCCAGCCCCCUCGCCGCCCUUGACCUCCUGCAGGCCAUGUAUUACUUGUCUAGUGAUGUCCUCUCAAAGUGCUGUACGCGAGCUCGGCGCCACCUCCGCCUCCCUUUCAGAGCCUGCUCCCCGCCCUCUCCGCUCGCUGCAUUGUGGUGUUCUCUUCUCAAGGCUUUGAAAUCUCCCCUUGCACUGAGAUUAGUCGUCAGAUCUCUCCCUGUCUCCCUCCCAACUUAUACGACCUGAUUUCCUUAGGACGGAACCGCAGGCACCUGCGCCGGGCGUCUUACUCCUGCUGCUUGUUCUGUCCCCUCCCUCGGACCAAACAGUGCUCAUGCUUCAGGACCUUGUUUGUCGAAGAUGUUGGUUUCCCUUUCUCUGUUAUUUAUAUAAAAAUAAUUUAUCAAAAGGAUAUUUUAAAAAAGCUAGUCUGUCUUGAAACUUGUUUACCUUAAAAUUAUCAGAAUCUCAGUGUUUGAAAGUACUGAAGCACAAACAUAUAUCAUCUCUGUACCAUUCUGUACUAAAGCACUUGAGUCUAAUAAAGAAAGAAAUCAGCACCCCU